AUGUGUGGCACCGGUAAAUUCAAGGUACUCUGGGGUUUAGAGAAGGCGGCGGCUUGUCCACGCUGUGGUUCCUUCAAGGACCAUUUACACGUCCCUCGAUGCCACGCUGUCUCCGUCACACAGGAAUGGGACCGCCGGGUCUCCGCUCUAUCCACAUGGAUGGAUAUGCUCCUGACGGAUCCCUCCAUCAAAACGUUGAUGCUGAUAUUACUCGGGGGUGUUCGCGACCACAUUCUCCCUUCUAUCCAGGCUAUCUCUCCGGCGGUUCAGCCAGCCUUCUUGGCACAACAGGUUAUCGGUUACCAAGGCCUCUUGGAAGGCAGGAUCGCUUUGCUUUGGCUCCCCCUCCAACAACACUACCUUGACGAGAUUCGAGGUUGUCGAUCCGUCUCUCUUUGGGCUUCUCAGCUCUCCCAGGAACUAAUUGCACUCGCCUUCUAUAUGUGGGAGCAGCGGAACUCUGUUCAACACUCGGACAAUAAUGUCCAGCUCCUUGCACGUCACCGAACUGCUAUCAAAGGUAUUCACUCCCAGUUUGAUAUGGGUCCGGAUGAUUUACCACCGGAAAUAAAGCCUAUGCUCACUUGUCGUCGACAAGUCCUCCGUAAAUCUCUGAUGGACAAGGAAUCUUGGCUUGCGUUGCUUCAACAGGAGCGCAGGGAUUACCGUCGGUCUUUGAAAGCUCAACACCAAAGUCUUCAGACGCUCUUCUCCCUCCAUCCUCCCGGACUCUGA